UUCAUCUAGCCCAAAUAAUCAUGGGUUAACAACAAGCCCUUGAAAGUUGAAACCCCUCCUCAUCACCUUCUCCCUCCUACACUAUCCUACUACCAGAAAUCCACCCUAAAACCCUUGUUCAUUCCACCCUAAAACCCUUGUUCUAAAAUCCCUCAACUUUGUUUUUUUUUUGGUUCCCGCGAUAAACCCACAAAAAAACUUUCCAAGAUGAUGAAUUUCGCAACAUCAUCCAACAAUGAACAAUCCCCAUUAUCAUCUUCUUCACCAUUUUCACCAAAUUCCCAUUUUCAGCAAGUUUUAACAACAUGUUCAUCUUUUCUACACAAUUUCUCUUCUUCUUUCACUAAUCACCUUAAUACCCACCUCUCUAAUUUCGCUUCUACAUGUUCUUCUCCCAUUAAAUCUCACGCUUUUGCUCGAAUUCCGCCAUUAACUGUAAAUCCCAUUAAAAUGGAGCAACAACAACAACAACAACAACAAUGUGGUAUGUCAAAUGAAGCGAUUGAGGAAAGAUUAGCUGGAGUUCCUGUGUAUGCUAUAACCAAUUCUAAUGAGGAAUUUGUGUUGAUUUCUGGGAAAAAUUCGAAAAAGUCACUUGCUUUGUUUUGUUUAAAGAAGGAAGAUGCUGAUAUUCUUCUUGAUCAGUUGAUAUUGAUGGACCCUGAUAUGCGCCGCGGCUCUAGUGUUGUUCCUGUUGCUUUGAAUAAGGUUUUCCAGCUCAAGGUGAAUGGAGUUGCCUUCAGAUUACUUCCGGAGGCAUCAGAGGUUAAAAAUGCUUUGAGGGUGCUGGAAAAGUCAGGAGAUUCAGAAGAUGAGCUUCUAGGAGUUCCAAUUUUCCAGUCUCGGAGUUUGAUUUUGAGCAGCAACAACAGGAGAUAUCGUCCAGUUUUCUUCAGAAGGGAGGACUUGGAAAAAUCAUUAUAUAGAGCUUCGAAGCAGCAAGGAAGGUUGAAUCCUGCUUUUAGACAAGGAGCUAUCGAAGUAGCUGUUCUUGAAGACAUAAUCAAGGGAAUGAAGGAUGAUUCCACUCAGAAAUGGGACGAUGUUGUUUUCAUACCACCUGGGUUUGAUGUAUCAACCGAUCCUUCACAGAGCCGUGAAUACCCAGCUAAGUAAGCGUUUGAACUGUGAUUUUACUGGACUUUGCAUAUUCUCUUUGGUCCUGGUGGUGUUAUCUGAUACUCUGAAAAUUGAAAAUUGAUGCCUGGGAGUUGUGAACUCAAGCUUCAUAGUUGACUUUGUGCCAAAAUAUUGAUGAAAUCCUUGUUAUCAAACAAGCUAGCUUGUGGUUUACUGACCCUUCCCACAGGGUACCGAUGCCAUCACCCGUCUCCCUCUCCCCCGUAAGGGGCAAAAAGAAGAACUGCAACUAUGAUUGUUAACACUCUUUUGUUGAGAUACUAAUAUGACUUCUAUUAUGAGAUAUCUAAUACAUUUUUCUACUGUAAUUAUCGUUUGUUUCGAUGGAGGAUUAUAUAGUUUGAAAACAGGAACAUUUGGUUUUAUGAACCUCAGUAAUAGUUAUUGCUUGUGGCAGAUAAUGUAGUAAGGUUCAUUUCACA